CUGGGACAGGCUCCGGCCCUUCAAGGCAGUGGGGGGCCGCGGGCCUGGCUCUGCGCCGCUGCGCGUCAGAAGCGGGGGCUUUGCGCCUCCUUCCUUGCGCUGUAGGCCUUGGCCGGGGGGUCUUGGGAGGGCUGGAGCGGUUGUGAGCGUUUCUGCUGACAGCCCUUCUUAAUGCUGUUGCACAUGACUGUGGGCGUGAUAAAAUUUGUACGGUCGUAGUUGCUUGCCGGCAAGAUGAAACAUAGUGUCAUCAACUGUUGUAAGGGUCAUUUCUCUGAAUUCUUGUGUCUGCAUAAAACUGGGGGAGGGGGAAGUUUUUUUAAUCGUUUCAGUUUGUGGAGAAAAGGUUCCCCUGCAGAUUCAUGCAGUUGAAAGUAGUGCAGUUGAAAUCUUGUGGUAACCCGAGAUCUCCAUUUCACACAAGUAACAGCAAUAGACGCCUGGCAACGUUCAUCUGUUGAGCAGAAUGUGCGUUUUCCACUCUUGGGAAACUUAGCGUCACAACGUAAAACAAUUUGAUCCUGAUUCUGCCAGCUUUAUUGAGGUGCCUCUGAUGAAAGUACUUCUCAAGUCAGUAGAUUUUACUUGUUCUCUUUUCUGCUACUGUGAUGGAUUAGAGAUUUCCUUAAGAUGCCAGUUACUGUUUAGAGGUGAAACAGGAUGGUUGACAAAAUAUAAACUUUGUUAUGCUUUCAGAAAAUGUGUGUAGUAGUAAUAUUAAAAUUCUAGUAGCAGCCAAGGCAUAUACCGUAAGCAUGUAUAUUGUAGCAAUCCUGAGACAGUCUAAUUGAAAUAUCAGAAUCGGCGGUGUGAAAAACAGGAAAAAUUGUACCUGUUUAGUUAAAACACCGUGAAUUUCUUCACUGCUUAACUGGGAAGGGAUUUGACUUUCGAGUAAAAUAAAAUAAAACAAAAAAGUUUUUCUGAGAAUGAAGAAGAAAAAGCUUGAUGGAGCUUGUUACCUCAAUUUUUCAUUGCAAGGUCCUUUAAAAUAAAACGGUGCUGUGUUAGAGGAAAUUGGUGCUGUAGUAGAAGAAAGAGCACAUCUAAUGUAGAAGCUGUGCCAAACAUCUUUGUAUUGAGACUAAUAGAAAUAAAAAUGGAGGUCAUCAAUGGUUUUAGUUUUAUCCCACAAUUGUCUCUAUGGAAUGCCUGAAUUGGUUCAUUUGGCAUGCUAUUGAGUUCUGCCACAGAAUUUGGAGACUCUCUUCAGUCUUUUAGUAUUGUUUAAACUGAAAAUAGGCUUAUUCCAUUUUUUAUUAUUUAAUUUCUGGAUGAAGUUUGUAUAUGUGUCUUUUCAGAUAGAUUGGUUCAAAAUUGCUGUGCAUGUUAGAAAUCACCUUUAAUAUGUUAACUUCACUAUUAAUGAUAGAUUUGUAGAUUCACAAAAUAUAGGUAAACCUCUAAUUGUUUAAAGAGGUCUUGAAAAUUAUGUUUUCAAAUGACAAGAUGGUAAAAUAGCUUGAAUUUCUGAUUCAAAGCAGAACUGCUACUGCCAAAACUGUUGCAGAAGUAGAGGUAUUGCAACUGGUACCAUAUCAAUGGACUACUGUCUAUAAAGUCAGAUUGUAACUGAGCCAUUUGUACAAUCAAGACUGUGCAACUCGGCUGUGAGUUUCAGAGAUCAGCCAUGGGCAUUAAAGGUUUGCAAGGAUUUGUGGCAAGGGUUUGCCCUGACGCCUGCAGAACGGUAGAUCUGAGAGAGAUGGCAGAAAAACAUUGCAUCGAUCAUCCUGAUGUCCCACCUGUUAUUGUAGUGGAUGCCAUGAGUUGUGUUAGAUACUGGUACACCCCAGAAUCCUGGGUGUGCGGAGGCCAGUGGCGGGAGUACCUUGCCAAUUUAGAGGAUUUUAUUAAGGCAUUUAUGGGAGCAGGUAUCCAGUUGGUGUUUUACUUUGAUGGAGUGGUAGAAGAGAAAAAGAGAGAUGAGUGGAUCAAACGGAGGUUGCAGAAUAACAAGGAGAUAGCCAGAAUAUUUCACUUUAUCAAGACUCAGAGGAAACAACCAGGGAGAGGAAUGUUUGUUGUUCCUUCAGCUUUGCCUACUUUUACACGUUUUGCCUUGAAGUCUCUUGGCCAAAAAACAGUGUGCACAUUGCAGGAGGCAGACUUUGAGGUGGCUGUGUAUGGUUUGCAACAUAACUGCAUAGGAAUUCUUGGGCAAGAUAGUGACUACCUCAUCUAUAAUACAUGCCCCUACUUCUCCAUAGAGAAGCUCCGUUUGGACAAACUGGUCACUGUUAUGUACUCUCGAGAAGAUCUUUGCCAUGCAUUGGGUCUUAGUUUGACACACCUCCCUCUCUUUGCUUGCUUGCUUGGCAAUGAUGUUGUUCCAGAAAGCUUGCUGGAAGGCUUUUGGCAAAAGUGUUUAGCCACCAGUCCCCACAAGAAUAACAGCUACAACAGAAGAACAAACAUACUUCUAGCUGUAGCAAAUUACAUCUCAAAAGUUCCAUGCUCAUACAGUAGCCUGAAAGAUUUGGAAGAGAUACUACCUAUGGGGUCAGACAAGACGUUACUUUACAAAGGAGUGGAGUCCUAUCUUUUGCCAGGGCAGCAGUCUCCAUGGAUUCCCCCCAACACAACAAAUUGCCAGAUGUUCUCCCUUCAACAACAAACAGCAGUGUGUCAAGAUAAAGAAGUCUUUCAGUUAGCUAAAGAACAGCAUAUCCAAUCUGAAAAUUAUACAAUCUUCAAUAUCCUAAGUAAUGGAGAGAUUGACUGCAGCAACUCUUUGGAAGAUGAAUGUGAUAGAGAGAUUCCUGGACAGGCACUUAUCUACCGCCCUGCUCGUCAGCAUAUUUAUUCUGUCUUGUUGGAACCUGGAAAAGGCGGAGCCUAUCCUUUGGUAAAAGAGUGGUUUGUCUAUUUUGGAAAUCCUCUCCAGCAGCCGGAGCUGAUACAACCUGUACAACCUUCUAUUCCAGGUGGAACACCUAAUUUGAAAACAUUGUGGUUUGCCAAAGGACCUGAUGUGAAAAAGCAACGGUAUAGUACAUUUCUGGCAUGCUUUCACCUUCAGGACAGGAUGGAAGAGCUCCAAGCUCUAGAAGCACCUGUUGCAGCAUUCUGCUGCUUGCUGGCCUAUCUUAUGAUGCAGGUCAGUAGCCUCUCUCUGGAGGACUUAAAUGCAUUUGUGGCACUGAUUCUCUGCCUCAAAGGGAAGUCAGCUACUCAACUGGCAGGUUUGCAGCUUGCACAAGUGGACUCCAGAGCUGUACAUCUUGGUGCCGUCUUUGUUCGUGGCCUUACAACUUUGCUUAUGGCCAAUAGUGCCUGUGGCUUUCCAUUCAGAAUGGAUGAUUUGAUGCCUUGGGAAGUGUUUGAUGGAAAACUUUUUCAAGAAAAAUACCAGCAGUCGCACCGAGGUUGCUCUUUGGAAGAGCUUUUGGAAAGCAAUGAAUCUUUGUAUACACCCUUCCAGAAUCUGAAGUCUUUAAUUUGCAAGGUUUGUAUGGCGAAGAGAAGAACAAUACAGAGCAGACCAAGAGGGAACGGAUUUAUCACAGGAACACAACAAAGAGAAUUUAAUCCCAGGUUUCAGCAAACACACAGAAGUUCUUUUGUUCCUCCAUAUCAUAACCAGAUGAGGGGCUUCCUAUGGAGAAAUCCUCAACCACAAGGUAGAGAAUAUGGAUUGGAACAUCCAAGUCGGAGGAGAAGAUUUCACUUUCCUCCUCGGUAAAGAAUACAUGUGUACAGAUCACCCAGGUGACUCUACUUAUUACUCCAAGUGGAUGAAAAUGGAAAAGAGAACAAGAUACAUUUUUAUGAAAAGCUAUAUGCUGAAGAUCAUAAAAACAUCAGUAUUUCAGAAAUAGUGGUAGGAAGGCUCUAGUCAGAGAUUUAUUAUGCCUCAUUUUCAGUACCAUUUUAUUUUGUAUACAUUUUUUCUAGCCUAUAGCUUAAAAAAGUAAAUUAUGGAAUGUUGUGAAAUGAUUAUUAUGUAUUUUCGGUUCCAGAUAGUAUUGUUUGGAGCACUUACAAAAACCCUGUUGACACCAUUAUGAAAAAUGACCAUUCAAAAAUUAUGCCUAAAAAGUAGAGGCCAGUCCUAGGUGAAGAAGACUGCACCACAUAAAUUUAAUUAAUUCAUCUGGUUCCAUUGUGAAAACUAUUACGUCUCUUCUGUAAAACCUUGAUUCUGUAUGAGGCUGAAAGUGCCCAGUCUUGGACAAGAAAAGAGUACUUCUAAAGUGUUUACAAUCGUAUCACAAUUUUAAAAUGUUACUUUUCUGUCAUGCGGCUUACUUUCAUAGUUCCUCAGUCUCAAAAAAUGAGAAAAGGGUAGCUAAAACAUUCCAGAACGUUACAGAAUUAGUUUCUAUAUGCAAAACUGCUAAAGCUUUAAUGUCCUAUUAUUUUGGGGUCUUUCAGAGCUGAAUCAAAUGCAUAGUCCUCUUCUGGAAUACAUAAAAUUCUCCUCUGUAUGUAGUGAGUCAUUUAUGAAACAUUUAAGGUUUAUGCCACACCUUAACAUCUGUCUUCUCCUCAAAGUCAAGGUGUCAGUGGGGGCCUCAGCCAACUAUAAUUUUGAAGGAAAUUCUAAAUCAAGGGGAAACUAACAGACAUUUUGAAUGCAUUCUUUUAUUGUUGUUGUUUGAAGCACACAGAGUAAAAUUUUUUCCUUGUUGACAUCAUUAAUGCAUCUUUUGCAGAUAUUAGUGGCACCACGAUUUUACUCCAUACUGAUAAGGUAGUCCCAAGAGAUCUAAUAAAAUGGACAGAGUACAGGUAGGGCAAUCAGGUAUCUCCUGUGUUAAUUUUCACUGGUCUGUUAUUCAUCACACAAAUUUUAUUACUAUUUUGGAGAUAUGUGAAUUUUUAGAAAAGUACAUAAAUACACUUGAAAUUAAAUGUUUUUAGAAGUGUUUAGCAUGAGGAAAAUGCAUUAUUUUUAUAUUCCAAAGAGAAAAUUUAGCUCUAAUUUUGAAAUCUGUUUUUUCAGCAGUACUAUAGCUAUUGUACAGUGAUUACUGAUUUACACUCUGUUAGUUUUAGUCCAUUAUUGUUUAGUUAAUACUGUUUCUUAGACCUUGUGCAGGUAACUCCUUUGAGUCAACUGUCAGUGGAAUUUAGUUCCUAUUUAGUAUACAUAUUAUGUCAAAAUUAAUAACAUUGUCAGAUAUACAUAACUCAAUAUUAUAAUUUCCUUGCAUGUAUUUUUCUGUUUGUAACCCAAUAAAUAUAUUAAUUCAUGCUCUGUAUAUAGCAAUAAUUCAGCUAAACAAAUAAAUUGGCAGCAAUACAGGAUUUCUAGUUCUUUUAGAAGUUUGAACAGACACAAUUUUUACACAACACAGUGUGCAAUUUUGCAUUCCAGCUUUCUUUUUCUAUUGAUUUGUCACUGACUUUGAUUGUAUUACCACUUUUUUCUUACACACACACACACACACCCCAACCCUUUUGGAGUAAUGUGGUUUAAGCUUUAUGGAAAGUUCUCUAGUUUCAGGAAUCUCAUGCUGUAUAAUAGUGUAUUUGAAAAGAAUGUAACUGUGUGCCAGAAUUUGUUGGUAAUUCCCCCUUCAGGCUUAGAUAUGAGAAAAGAUUUCUCUUGGCCUCAAUAAACAAAGUUA